GAACAUCAAUUGACAGGCCAUAAAGUGGCAGUUAAAAUCUUAAAUAGACAGAAGAUUCGCAGUUUGGAUGUCGUUGGAAAAAUAAAACGAGAAAUUCAAAAUCUAAAACUCUUUCGUCACCCUCAUAUUAUCAAACUAUACCAGGUGAUCAGCACUCCAACAGAUUUUUUUAUGGUAAUGGAGUAUGUGUCUGGUGGUGAAUUAUUUGACUACAUCUGUAAACAUGGACGGGUUGAAGAGAUGGAAGCCAGGCGGCUCUUUCAGCAGAUUCUGUCCGCUGUGGAUUACUGUCACAGGCAUAUGGUUGUUCAUCGAGACCUGAAACCAGAGAACGUGCUGUUGGAUGCACAAAUGAAUGCCAAGAUAGCUGAUUUUGGAUUAUCUAAUAUGAUGUCAGAUGGUGAAUUUCUGCGAACUAGUUGUGGAUCUCCAAAUUAUGCAGCACCUGAAGUCAUCUCAGGCAGAUUGUAUGCAGGUCCAGAAGUUGAUAUCUGGAGCUGUGGUGUGAUUUUGUAUGCUCUUCUUUGUGGCACCCUCCCAUUUGAUGAUGAGCAUGUACCUACGUUGUUUAAGAAGAUCCGAGGGGGUGUUUUUUAUAUCCCAGAAUAUCUCAAUCGUUCUGUUGCCACUCUCCUGAUGCAUAUGCUGCAGGUUGACCCCCUGAAACGAGCAACUAUCAAAGACAUAAGAGAGCAUGAAUGGUUUAAACAAGAUUUGCCCACUUACUUAUUUCCUGAGGACCCCUCCUAUGAUGCUAACGUCAUUGAUGAUGAGGCUGUGAAAGAAGUGUGUGAAAAAUUUGAGUGUACAGAAUCAGAAGUAAUGAACAGUUUAUAUAGUGGUGACCCUCAAGACCAGCUUGCAGUGGCUUAUCAUCUUAUCAUUGACAAUCGGAGAAUAAUGAACCAAGCCAGUGAGUUCUACCUCGCCUCGAGUCCCCCAACUGGUUCUUUUAUGGAUGAUAGUACCAUGCAUAUUCCCCCAGGCCUGAAACCUCAUCCAGAAAGGAUGCCACCUCUUAUAGCAGACAGCCCUAAAGCAAGAUGUCCUUUGGAUGCACUGAAUACAACUAAACCCAAAUCUUUAGCUGUGAAAAAAGCCAAGUGGCAUCUUGGAAUCCGAAGUCAGAGCAAACCGUAUGACAUUAUGGCUGAAGUUUACCGAGCUAUGAAACAGCUGGAUUUUGAAUGGAAGGUAGUGAAUGCAUACCAUCUUCGUGUAAGAAGAAAAAAUCCAGUGACUGGCAAUUAUGUGAAAAUGAGCUUACAACUUUACCUGGUUGACAAUAGAAGCUAUCUUUUGGACUUUAAAAGCAUUGAUGAUGAGGUGGUGGAGCAGAGGUCUGGUUCCUCAACACCUCAGCGUUCCUGUUCUGCUGCUGGCUUACACAGACCAAGAUCAAGUUUAGAUUCUGGAACUGCGGAGAGCCAUUCGUUGUCUGGCUCUCUCACUGGCUCCUGGACGGGAAGCACCUUGUCCUCAGCUCCACCUCGCCUAGGCAGUCACACCAUGGAUUUCUUUGAAAUGUGUGCCAGUCUGAUCACUACUUUAGCCCGUUGAUGAUCUUUCUCUAUCUUUCUGUUAUUGCACUGUGAAAAUCAGAUAUAUUCUUUAAAUUAUUAUUUUACUUAUGGAUAUCACAUGCUCUGCAAUACUGGGUGAGAGACGUGAAUGUCUCCAGGGGACACUCAAUGCCAUUGAAAUUACUGAAAACAAAAGUCUGACAUUUUAUUUACCUGUAGAAAUCUGUAAUUCUAUUUUUCCUGUGAUAAAUUCACAUAAGCAUAUCUUUAAUAGGUGAACAUCAGUGAAGAUGACUGUUAAUUUAAAAAUUGUGAGUGCACUACAGAUGAUUAAUAUGCCCUCACUGGUGAACCAUCUCAGUCAAAGGGUAUUGGCAGGACCGUCUUGCUUGACUGUUUAGUUGAGGUAAUCCAGUUUACUUCCUAAAGUUCAGCAGGCUUUAAGCUGUGUUUAUGCACCCAUUUCUCUUGUACAAGAAGAUUAAAAAAUGAAAGAACCAUUAGUAAGGUAGUAUUUGAAUGUUGAAAUCUUAAAAGGCUGCCCCCCAAAUUCCAGAAGCCAAGUUCUUCUAGCAGUUUUUGCAGAUACUGCCCAGCGUUCCACAGAAGGGUAGGCUCCUGGAACAGGUAACCGUAAUUCCAGGUUCCUUAGAAACAGCUGUAACCAACUAGAGGAUUUAUCUUGAGAGUUCCCUGAAUAAUAUAUUUAUAUUAAGAGCCCUCAAGGUUCUUCUCAGUAUUGGAACAUCUGGAAUUGCAACAACUUUUGUCUUUUUCAUAAACUUUUAUCGUUUUGAAACAUGCCUUCAAAACCUACCUUUCUCAAAUUCUUUUUGGCUCUAUUUAUUUUUGUACUUUAUCAGGUGUGAUAAAAUAGACAGUUAAAUGAAACAAAGCAAAAUAUCAUAGUCCCUUAAAAGAGAUCUCUUAUUUGGGGGGGGGGGGGGGGUUGGGGAGGGAGUGUGUGUGUGUGUGUUUGAGAGUUUGCCUCCCACAAUGCUAAUUCUUCAUCUAAAGUUUGUUGUAGUCAGCCACUCCCUCACCUUCCCCAGUCACCAUUGUCUUUGUUUAUUGUUUGAUCCUUGGUGGCUGUUGACUUAACUUUUAAAUCUUUUCUGGUUCCAUUUCUUUGUUCUCUAUCUUGGUUGCCAGCCAUCUGUUUUGAAAACACUCUUCUGGCUCUAGGGGCUUGUGUAUACUUCCAAAGCUUGAUAGGCUGUGACCUUCACUGUUGAACCUGUUAGGCAGAGAAGCCUUAGACAUUUAAAAAAUUCUCUCUUGAAUAAAUAUAUGUGUGUUUACAUAUAUACAUAUAUUCACACACCAGUGCUUUUAAAGGAAAACCAAACAGUUUUUUUGUUUUUCUUUACUAUUAACAGAAACAACCUAUAUACAGCAGAGUAAAUAAUAGCUCAUUGAUUAUAUUUUUAGUAAAAGUAAUUUUUAAAUUAAUUGUAGUUUAUCUAAUUAUUAUUUGUUUUAAUAUGUUAUAAUUAACAAUCCGAUUCACCUGACUUACCCUAGGAAAAAAAAAGAUUAAGCUCUUGAAAACGGAAAGUGGCUAUGCCUUGAUAGGUUUCUCAUUGCCAAAAAUGAUGUUUUCUACCAAGAAGCAACUGAGAAUAUUAGGCCACGUUUCUUCUGUGUUUAUGGAAGACAGGCAUGUCUGUCUUUAAAUUUUGAGUUAGGAGUUUGCAGUGUGUCACAUCAUAUUGUUUUGUAGAACCUUUAAAAAAUAGUGUUAAAUAACUUUUUAUGUCUGACUUCUUAAUAUCAAAAUAAAAGGAAUCCUUGUUUGCCAAUUUGGGAAGGAGGGUGGGGUGGCAGUUAAGAUGUUUUAAGUUUAAACCUUUGAAAGAUUGCCAUCUAGUGGCACCAAAAGGUACUUUUACUGAUUAUUUUUAUAGGGAUAAGCAGUCCUGCUGUGUUAGUGUGAUGUGCAGUGUAGACCUGGCACCAUUUUGGCCUCUCCAAAUGCAUAAAUACCUCUUUUGGGCAAAACAAGACCACAUCAUAAUAUUUGCGUGGCCAUGAAUGCGAUGACUUUAGAAAUAAGGAGCUUAUCUGAUUCCUUAUACCUUAACAGAAUCCCUCAUAAUUUUGAAGGCGGAGAAACAGCAGGAAGGAAUCCAGUGGUGUUUUAGCUUCAUUAGUCUAGUAAAUCAGAUGUUAGAAACUUAUUCAUAUCAAAAUUACUCUAUAUGGAUGAUUAUCGUGUUUUUUGAGAGUUAAAAAGAUUAUUGACUAUUUUCUCAUUCUUGCUAGUAUUUAUGAAUAUCUACAGUUUGAUCGUCAUCUGUUGAAUUUUAGGAGGACAAGGGGUCACGGUUGUGGUUGUCGUGUGCUGAACGGUUCCGAGCACAGCGGUUGUGUGGGUGUGGGUGGUACAGUGACUGGUUGUGGAGAGAGGAUUCAAGAGGCUCGCUGGCGCGCUGGGGCAGCACGUGGUCAUAGGAUGCUUUUUGAGGGAAAGAAUCAGUUGCUAAAUUCCCACAUUUCAGUCUUGAAAACUGGUUAAUUGUGGAGGUCAGAUGGGGCAGGAACAGUUCCUUCUGGUUAAGAUUCUGCAGGAGAGCUGCUGUUAUAAGGCGUAGCUCUCUCAUGGAAUGGACUCCAUGUGAUUCUCCAGCAGCCUUUCCCAGCCUGGGUCCUGUCAGAUGCUCUGCAGACAGGUGAUUCCAUUGAACAAAUUGGAAAACGUUACAGGCUACUCCUGCUUGAGGAUGACAAUGGAAAUGAACACUAAAGACUUUGACAAGUCCUUCUGUGAAAACAAAAGAAAACUAUUGAACCUGCUUUGCCCGAGUUGACCAUCUUUUUACACUUAUUAUCCCCUGGGGAAAAGCAAUUUUGGCAAAUUUGGCAAAUACUAUUUUAGAAAAAUUUUUGGUCCAGGUCGUCAUAGUCAGGGUACUUAAGAAUACAAUUAAGCUUUCCUUUUCCUUUCUCAUUUGUUGGAGAGAAUCUAGUUCAAAAUCAGAAUAAUUUCGUUUUAACCUGUGGGCAUUUUUAUCUUGAGCAAAUGCUGGACUAAGUAGAAUUUUAUAUAUGUGUAACUUAUUUCAUACACCUGGAUCUUUGUAAUCAGGUUGUGGUGUAGUUUGGGAGCAAAACUGAUUCUUUUUUGUAUUGACUGGAUAACUGAGCAACCUUAAACAAGAUUACUUGUGAAAAAGGACUAAGACUGGUGACUCAUGCUUAUGGCUCUGUGAGUAAUGAGUCAAUAUCAUUGGUUCUUACUUUCAAAAUGUAUAGGUGGUGAACAUUUUCUAAAUACUUUCCUAUAGACGCCGUAUUUAGAUUUAAUCCCUGUUAUCCUUUAACAUAGGAACAAACAACAUCUCAAAAUGAAUAUGGAGGGAGAGAACUGUUAAAAGUUGGCUUUUUAUUUUGAUCAACAAACUUUUAAGGGACACUUUUGUAAUCUCUAGUACUUGCAUUCCUUGAUACUAGCCAUCUAUAAAGAGAAUCCAGGAGCCUAAAUUAAUCAGAAAUAAUAGUAUUUCUAUGUCAGAGAAUUGGCUCUAUGUCAUACAGAAAUUCUCCAUUUUCUGCAAAUAGGUUUUCCAUAAUAGUUACAUAAUUCUGGGUUCACUUUCUCUUAUUCCCUGGCCAGUUUGUACUCAGGGAAUACAAGUUGAUUUUAAGUAUUAGAUGAGACAUAACUGAGAAAAUAAUUAUAGACAAUUGUUACAGAUUAUUUGCCUAUUUGGAUUUAUCUGUAGCCUCUCUUAAUGUACAGUAUACUGAGUUAAUAUGAGCACUGUACCUUUUAUUUAAGAAGCUUGGAACGUGCCACCCACAGACACUGCAUCUUUCUCUCUUCACUGGUUAAUCAUGUAAAUCCUAUUAAUAGUUGUGAAAUCUCAGUAUCUAAAUGCUAGACAGGUUCUCAGUUUUGUCUGUUUUUAAAGACUCCCCCACCUUUUCAAUCUAGCAUUUCUUUACUUGGUUGUCUUGUCACUCUGUGACUUUUAAAAUAGGAAAUGUAAUUUAUUUGAAUAAUAGUUCUCAGAGAUUCUACUUUAUUAAAAAUUCUGGAUGAGGGAUAUGUGCAAUCUGUUGGUAAGUCACAUGCUAUGCUGGGCCUCACUUUUGUGACCUCUAAAAUGGGAGGGACAGAUGAAAAGACCUCUGAAGUACCUUUGAGCUUUAAAGUUCUGUCUUCUCAUAUGAUUUGUAUUAGUGUUCACUUUUUAUAUAUUUAGAGUUUUUCUAUAGUGUGAAUGUUCUAUAUUUGUUUGGUGAUGCAUUUUGAAGAUAUAUACUUGAAUAUUUUUCUAAAUAUAGCUGCCCUCUGAAAUACAAAUGGCAAAAAUCAUCCAGAAAACCAAACAUGUUAACACAUCGUGUACACUUGGUGUAAAGCAAAAUAUUACUAAUGUGGAGUGGUGGAAGUGUUCGACACGUUUUAUAGUAAUGUUUAGAUCCAGAAAUCUUCCAUGUCUACUCACUUAUUUGAUCCUUUGCAGUAACCUUGUGAGGUAACCAUUUUCCAGAUGAGGAAGCAGGACCAGAAAGCUCUUCGUAAAGCUGUAAUGCCAUACAAGCACUCACCGAUGGCCCCUGCUCUUUGCAUGCCAGCUUCCUCCGGGGAGGAUGGUCUGAAUCACUGAAACAUCUGGGUAGUUGAGUCAUAAAAAUAAACACAGACGUAUUGCUUUUAAGUCUUAGAGUGACAAAAGUAGUCUUAACUGAAUAUUUCUUAGUUUAAUUAUUUGAACCAGUUGAUUGUACUAAGUGUAAUUAUCUGAAGUAUUUAUGAUUAGCAUAUUGAUUUUUAUAAGUACUUCUAAGUUAUUGAGGGUGCUUAAAAAAUACUGAAGAAACUUUUUAGGACACGAUUCUUCCUGUAAUUUUAUUUACAUGAUUCUUAUAGCACAAUCUUUUUUAAAAAGUAAAAUUAGCCCCAGCCCCUAUCUUAAAUUAUCAUAGUGUUUGACUAUUAUAUGAAUUAGGCUUAUCUAAAUUUCAUAUACAGAUUGAUAAUUUUUUGUUUUGUGUGCCUAUUAGAAGAUAAAACACUAUUUUCAUAGAGUAUAUUUCUAUUCACGAACUACCUAUUAUCAGCUUGAUAGUCUCCCUUAUGAAACUUUGAAAUGUAAUUUAUGUUUGAUGAGCUUUAAAAAUUAUAUAAAUCUUAUUUAAACAAGUUGCUGGCAUCCUUACUAGCCUUUCCCACAUACGGUUAUGAUGCAUUUGAUGCCACUGAACAGUAACAGCAUAGAGAACAGGACCCACAGUCCAGACUGGGUUGAGUUUUAAUUAAACUUUUUCAGCCAUAACCUGAUAGGAAUCAGGCUGGGUCUAGAAGUUACCAGACUGUGGGCCUGUAUGUAUUUUGUGAGCCAAUGUUAAUGUUUACUGCCAGCCUUGCAUAGCAAUGCCUGUUUGCAGCUGUGACUGUGGAUGUGACUUUUGGUAACUCUUGUUUAUAUGUAAAGCAGUUUAGAUUUUAUGGAAGUAGCUCAUGAUUAUUUGGACAAGCAGGGUAGAUAAAUUUGAGUUACAUUUAAAGUGCAAUUAAUAGGAAAUCCUAGAGUAGAGCACCCUUUCCAGGAAAAAAAGUAUUUGUAGAAUAUCCUAGCAUGAAAACUGUUUUGAACAUAAAUAGAAUUUUGACAAGGUUCAUACAAUGUUUUGGGUUUUUUUUAUUCGGGGUUUGCUACUUUGUGUCGAUUUAAAAUUUCAAGGAGAAGUAGGAACAUUCUAGCCAAGGAAAACCGCAUAGUUAAUUUUUUGCUGCUAAUUUAAGCAUGCAUUUUUCACAGCUAAAAGUCCAUUUUAAAUAAGUUUUGUUAUAAAGGCAGGCCAUUUUUCUAGACAGAUAACAUUUUCCUAAAAUGGAAAAGAGAGACAGAUCCACUGGUCUAAAAAAAUAACACCUUAAUUGUGCCUUCUUUUAAUUUACAGGAACAGUAAUAAUUAGUAAAAAACUUAUUUGAACUGUAUUUUCCUUCUCCCUGAUUCCUCGCAUUUUUCCUUAAGUCUGUUGGCUCCGCCUGUUGUUGGAGGCCCCUGUGGCCGGCCCUCCCCUGUCGCGUCCGCGUCACCCGCUAGACGAUGCUUCUGUUUCUGCUCUGUUGCUUCCUUGUUAAGCUGACUUGGUCAAAUUUUGGCUGCCUUCCUGUACAGGUUGUUAAAAUGAAUGCAAUUAAUAACAAUCUUUAUAUUGCAACCCUUUAAAAAGUUUAUAAAGGAAAGAAACAAUGCAGAGCAAAGAUGAAAACCUCAUUUGGAAUUGAUUCUCAGCUCGGCUGCGGUGGGCAGCAAGUCACGUAACCUCAUUCAGUUCUCUCAUCUGCAAAACGUGGGUAAUGACCUACCUCACAGACAUGUGUGAGAAGCUCUUUGAAGGCCCUUGUUUAAAUACAGGGUUUAUCAUCCUCAUAUUUAAUGUAAAUCCCUUCCUUUCUUUUUAAAAUAGCUAUCUUUGAUACUGAUAAGACGUGUAUCUUGAUUUUAGGUAAGUUUUAUGUGGUAAGAAUAUAGUGGUAAAAAUGUGUAAGACGACACUUUCACAAAUUAUGCUAUUCUUAUUUUAAGUGACUUAAAGUUUCUUGAAAACACUGAAUAUUCAGAUAUUAAAGUUGUCUUUUAUUGCAACAAAUAUUCAGAACUUCCUAAAAUGUGGGCUGAAGCUGCCUUAAUGUACCAAAAUACAGCUUUUUCUCAAGACUAUUCACAAAUAUUGAUGGUUGUACAAUGUUUUGAGUAUUUAAUGUAAAUUGUGGUAAAACUGUGAACUCUAAGUGUAGUAACCUUAAUGUUGUAGGAAGAAUGCUUGUGUUCUUUAUCAUGUAUGCCUAAAUAUCAUACAUUGAAUCUUGAGUGCAACAAAUAAAACUGAAAGUUGACAAUCACUAGGCCAUGUCCAUGACAAUCAUAAGAAAAUGUAAGGUCAGAUAUUAAUUAUUCAAAUUUUUUUCAUGAACAUCCUGCAUUUAUUCUUUCUAGCCCAUGUUUGAAAAAGAAAAAAAAAUCCCGUAGGCUGAUACAUUAACCCAUUGAGCACUUGAUUAAAUUAAAAUUUUAAAAUCUAUUAAAUUUUUUUUAAACUGUUGAAAUUGUGAUUGCUUUUUAUAUUUUGUCUCGGGAAGAAAGAAAAAAAAGACCAGACUCCCAGUGCUUUUUCGCAGUUUUAAUAACCAUAGAUUCAAAUUUCAGUUUUGUUUGUUACGUGUUUUUCGUGAGUGUGAAAUGGUCAGUGGGCAGGAUUUGCCUUCCAGUAACACCGGUGAAGCUGUCUUCUUGGAUUACACAGCGUUUCGUAGUCACAGUUUCUCCCCAGUUCAUAUUUGCACUGUGCAAACUCAUAGGUGACAAACAGAAGAGAAAAGCAGCCUAUCUGAUUGCUUAUAAGCUUUUUUCACAAAAUCACAUUAAAGUCUCUGGUUCAUUUGAAA